AUGGCACGAGAACUGGCGUGCUACAAGGUGGACAUCGCCGCACUCAGCGAGACCCGAUUCUCCGAACAAGGCCAACUGGAGGCGGUGGGUGCCGGCUACACCAUCUUCUGGAGUGGUCGGCCCAGGCCAGAGCGACGAGACGCGGGUGUCGCCUUCGCCAUCCGGAACGACAUCGUGGGACGACUGCUCAGCCUGCCACAGGGAAUCAACGAUCGCCUGACGAGCCUCCGUCUGCCUCUUCGGGGAGGCAAAUUCGCCACCAUCAUUAGCGCCUACGCUCCGCCGAUGAGCAGCCCCGACGCCGCCGCAAGAAACAAAUUCUACAAGGACCUGCACGCCCUCUUGGCGACUGUGUCGAAGGCGGACAAGUUGAUUGCCCUUGGCGACUUCAACGCCCGCGUCGGCACAGACCAUGCUGCCAGGAGAGGAGUGCUGGGUCCCCACGGUCUCCUCGGCUCAAACGACAAUGUUUUGCUGCUUCUCCGCACCUGCGCAGAACGCCGCCUCAUCCUGACGAACACAUUCUUCUGUCUGUCGGAGCAAGAGAAGACCACCUGGAGGCAUCCUCGGUCGCGUCAGUGGCACCUGUUGGACUAUGGCCUCGUCCGGCGGCGAGAUCAGCGGGAUGUGCUGGUGACAAAGGCGAUCCCGGGUGCUGACGGGUGGACAGACCAUGGCCUCGUCAUCUCGAAGAUGCGUAUUCGCCUACAGCCUCACAGGAGACCACAAGGUAAGCGACCCUCAGAUAAGCUGAAUAUUGCCUUGUUGUCUUUGCCCGCCUACCAUUUCCAUUUCAACAAUGAGCUAGCUCAACGGCUAGACAACCUUCCAAUCGCUGCUGUCGCCGACGCCGCCGCUGCCGAGAACGCCUCCGUGGAGAACCUGUGGUGUCAACUGCGAGACACGGUCCAGUCGACGGCGCUAGCCGUCCUUGGUCGCGCACGCCGCCAACACCAGAACUGGUUCGACGACAACGACGCCGUCAUCAGCAAUCUGCUCGCCGAGAAGAACCGCCUACACAAGGCCUACAUAGAGCACCCUACUGAUGCCAACAAAGCUGCUUUCUACCGCAGUCGCUGCCUCCUACAACAGCGACUGCGCGAGAUGCAGGACGCCUGGACUGCCAGCAAGGCUGAGGAGAUCCAAGUAUACUAGGACCGCAACGAAGGGAAGAACUUCUUCUCCGCGAUCAAAGCUGUCUACGGUCCGCCAACGAAGGGCACUGCUCCUCUCCUCAGCGCCGACGGUAGUACUCUCCUGACUGGGAAGACGCAAAUUCUACAGAGAUGGACCGAGCACUUCCGAGGCGUCCUAAACCACCCUUCCACCAUCUCUGACGUUGCCGUCGACCGUUUACCGCAAGUGAAGAGCAACGUGGACCUCGACCCCCGCCAUCCCUCCAGGAGACCAUCAGGGCCGUGCAGCAGCUCUCCAGCGGGAAAGCACCCGAAUCGGACGCGAUCCCUGCUGAGGUCUACAUGCACGGAGGUCCCCAACUGAUGGAUCACCUGAUUGCGCUCUUCCAAGAGAUGUGGCGUCAAGGUGAAGUCCCGCAAGAUUUCAAGGACGCAACUAUCGUGCACCUAUACAAGCGAAAAGGGAAUCGCCAAGUCUGCGACAAUCAUCGCGGCAUCUCCAUGCUGAACAUCGCCGGGAAGAUCUUCGCCCGCAUCCUUCUCAACCGCCUCAAUAACCAUCUGGAACAGGGCCUUCUGCCGGAAAGCCAAUGCGGCUUCCGUCCUCAUCGUGGGACCGCGGAUAUGAUAUUCGCUGCCCGUCAACUUCAGGAAAAGUGUCAGGAGAUGCGGACUUACCUGUACUCUACCUUCGUGGACCUGACGAAAGCCUUCGACACGGUGAAUCGUGAAGGACUGUGGAAGAUCAUGCAGAAAUUCGGCUGUCCGGAGCGAUUCACUCAGAUGGUGCGUCAGCUGCACGACGGUAUGAUGGCGCGAGUCACGGACAACAGAGCUGUCUCAGAGGCAUUCGCAGUGACCAACGGAGUGAAGCAGGGCUGCGUGCUGGCGCCUACCCUCUUCAGUCUUAUGUUCUCUGCCAUGCUGAUGGACGCCUACCGCAACGAACGCCCCGGGAUCCGCAUCGCCUACAGGACGGACGGUCAUCUGCUGAAUCAACGACGGAUGCACUUCCAAUCGCGCGUAUCCACAACAACCGCUCACGAACUCCUCUUCGCCGACGACUGCGCCCUGAACACCACCUCGGAAGAGGAGAUGCAACGGAGCAUGGGCCUGUUCUCCGCCGCCUGCGAGAACUUCGGUCUGUUCAUUAACACGCAGAAGACGGUGGUGAUGCACCAGUCGCCACCCCACUCAGUCACAGCCGCCAACGCGUCGCCGCAAAUCAGCGUGAACGGAGCCCAACUGCAAGUGGUGGAGAACUUCUCGUACCUGGGCAGUACUCUCUCCCGCAACACCAAGAUCGACGACGAAGUCGCCAACAGGAUCUCGAAAGCCAGUUAA